AAUCCUGGUAGAUUUUGGCGCUUGUUUGGCGUUUGGGCGCGGCGAACCGCGGCGAACUGAACAGUCUGGACUCUGGAAGGAGUGUUCGCCAAAUGUUUUGUUUUCAUUAAUUUUGAUAGUGAUUUUAUACAACGUGGUCAAUUUUGAUAGCAGUGUCAUCGUGCGCAUAUUGUACUGUGGAAACUUUGUAUCGGUUUGCAUGUCGUUCUCGAGGAAGUAAUUGAAUCCCGUGAUUCCGAAAUGGAAGAGCGAAACGCGUUAGUGUGCCAGGUAGUUGUGAAUGAUCAGUUGACGGAUCCUCUUGCCAUUGACCCUUUGAGUGAUUGUACUACCCAAUACUUGAAUCUGGAUACCAAAAAUGAAGAGGAGGUUCAAAAUUUAGUUUCAUGUCAAAAGCAGGAUCAGUUGACGGAUCCUCUUGCCAUCGACCCUUUGAGUGAUUUUACUACCCAAUACUUGAAUCUGGAUACCAAAAAUGAAGAGAACGUUCAAAAUUUGGUAUCAUGUGUAAAACAGAAGACAGAAGAUGAAAUAGAGUCUGCCUUUCUUGUGAAAAUAGUUCCUUCUGAUGUAUGCAUUGAAGGAACUUCAUCAAAUUUUCAGGAAGAAGAUCCUCUUUCAGAUAUUCUCAAAGUACCUUUGGUGCCAAAAAUACAGUUGUUGGAUAAGAAAGAACCAUUAGAUCAGGAUUCUGAGAAAGGCAAGAACUUGUCUACCUCUCCAGUAAUAAUGUUUUCAAAAGCCUUACCCCCUCAAAAGUCAAUAUCUGCUGAGCCUCAGGAAGAAGAUCCUCUAGCUGAUAUUCCAGGGGUACCGAGAUCAAAAAUACCUGCAACAAAUAAGGAAAAUAUGCUGGUAAACAUUAAUUUUCCUGAUGAACCAAUAGAACCAACAAUGCCAGUUUUGGUUCAGGAAGAAGAAUCAUCAUUGCAGAGAUCAGAGGAUGGAGAUCCCAAAAGAGUACUUGAAAAAGAGUCCGGUUAUGAAGUUACUCCUGUGAGGAAUGAAGAACUUAGAUCUGAGCACGGGACACUGACGUUUCAAAGUCAAAACUCAAACGUCAGUGAAGAAGAAAACAAUGCAGAACGCCGGAAACGUAAAAGUGCCGUUGCAGCCUUAGCUUCCAUACAACGUAGUAGAGUGGAAAGUAAUGAUAGCAGCGAGACUGAAACCUGUAGUGAUGGUGAUUAUUCUAUAGAUUCGGAGAGUAGUGCUUCAGAGGAAGAAGGCCAUUCAAGAAGUGUAAAUCGAAAAAUCCAUACUACUCCUGGGCCAUCGGCAGCUGCUACAACAAUAACAACAGUAGCAACAACUUCGUCUGCAUCAGUUUCAGCAACUAUAUCAUCACAGUUGGUAUCAAUAUUGUCAUCUGUCCAUGCUUGUUCUGAGAAGUGCAGUUGUAGUGAAUUGGAAAUGCAGUGUCAUGCUGCAGGCUGCCAUCUUACCCAUCCAGAGACACACCAACAGGCUGCAAGUUCGCAGGUGCAACACCUUGUUCGUGUACAAGCAAAUAGCAAUCAGCAACAGGGACAGUUGAUCUCUGUUGUCACUUCUGAUGUUCCAAAAAAGAGAGAUAUGAUAUUGACAAAAACCCUAGCUCCAUCAUUAUCAACAGUGUCAUCUCUUCUUCAAGUUACAUGUGCUUGUUCUGAAAAUCACGUUUCUAGUGGUGUGGAAAUGGAAUAUCAUUCUUUAGGCUGCCCUCAUGCCCAUCCAGAGGUGCCAGAUCAGGCAUCAGCAAGUCACUUGUUGCAACGCCAUGAUCUUGUUAGAAGAAAUAGUUCACGUCAACAAAAGGGACAAUUUCCCUCUUGCUUAAUUCACUCCGAUGAGUUUACUAAACAAGAUGUGGCCAAGUCACCUGGUCAGAUUGCAAAAAGUAACCUGUGUCAAAAUGGUUUUAGAAAGAAUAGAAUAGAUGCCCAUAAAGUGUCAAAACAAAUAAAUACUCCAAAGUGUGUGAAAGAAAAGUUGACGAUAGAAUCUGCAAUUGGUAAUAAAGCUAAGUCACUUCUAUUACAUUCAAGGGAACAGUCUGUGACGGCUAAUAAUUUUAUUAUCAGAAACAGAAAUAAGAAUUAUAAAGAAACUCUUCUUCAUUCGAAGGGUAAUCGUUAUGAACAGUGUCAUGAUGAAGUAAAAUCCACUGGGACAGAGGAAAAUUUACACAUGGGUGAAAUUAUUAUUCAUCCUAUGUCUGGUCUUUUAGUUUCCAAAAUUUCUUAUGAUUAUAGUAAUAAGAAUGAUAGUGUUCAGACAGACUUUCUUUAUGAAUGUCUCAAGUGCAGGCAGAUUUUUUCUUCAGAACAGUAUCAGCAGACUCAUAGUGCUCCAAAUAAUGCUGAAGAGCAAUCGUUUGCAUGCCAUAAAUGUGAGCAGAGAAUGACCUUGCAUCUUGAACUGGCUGAACAUUACCAUAAGAAGCACCGGUCUCGCAGACAAUGUGUUUGUCCAAUAUGUGGCAAAGUGUUGAAUAAAAAGUCAGCUUUGGAAUAUCACGUUCGCUAUGUUCAUUCCUCAUCAAGGCCUUUUGUUUGCGAGAUAUGUUCAAAGACUUUCAAAAAUGAUUCCGGCCUCCAAAGCCAUAUGAUGGUGCACGAUACUAGUAAAUAUUUUAAAUGUGAAAUAUGUAAUUUAGAUUUGAAACAGAAGAAAGGUUACAGGAAACAUAUGAGAAGUCACACUGGUGUAAAACUAACUGUGAAGUGUCAUAAAUGUGAUAAAACUUUAUACAAAUAUAGUUUGAAAAGACACCUGCAAGAAGUUCAUGGUAGUGAACGAAAUUUUGUUUGUAAUGUUUGUAAUAAGACGUAUGUUUCACAAGCUAGAUUGAAGUUGCAUGUAAGAACAGUUCACGUUAAUAAGCAAUUUGCAAAAAAGCAUGUGUGUGAGGUGUGUGGGAAAGGUAAGUCAACAGUUGCUGCAUUGAGAGAUCAUAUGAACAGUCAUUCAGGGGAGAAACCUUAUAUUUGCCAUGUAUGUGGAAAGAACUUUUUCACAAACAAUGGGUUAAUUAGUCAUUUGAUUUUACAUGGUGACAAAAAAUUCAAGUGUGACGUGUGUGGCUACACAUGCAAUCGAAUGGACAAUCUAGUUACCCACAUUCGUUCUCAUACAGGAGAGAAGCCUUAUAAAUGUACAAUUUGCAAGAAGGGAUUUACUCGUUUGGACAACUUACAGACACACAAGCGUCUGGUUCACAACAUUCUCAGUUCCAAGUCGAAGUGACUUCAAAUUUUCAAUAUAUGUGUGGUAAUUAAGAUCAAAUUAAUCAAACUUUUGCCUGCUAGUACAUUUCUCAAAUAUGGGUCCUGCAUUAGGCAACAUGAUUGGUCUAAUUGUUUCCUUGGUCACCAGAAACCUCAUUCAGGUUGGCCACUUUCUGGAAAGUUAGAAAAUUUCAUUGAUCUGGAAAGGUCAGGAGAUUUUUUUCAGAAAUCUGAAAUUUUUUUUAUAGAAAGUGAAUAGUUCAUUGAAUUGAAUUGUUUAUUUCAAACACCAUAUUCCUCAUUUCAAAAAAAACAAAGAAAGUGUCCUAGCAAUGCAGGCUAGAUUUUUCUGAUUUCAAAAUAUUCUUUAAUAUAAUGACAGUUGAUAAAUGAUUUUUUACAGAUCACAUACAUUUUUUUUUAAUGUUGAAAGUUGUGCACUUGAUAGGUUUCUACAAUAAAUAAUCAAAAAUGUGCUUGAAAACAUGAUUUCUUUUAAUCAAAUAAAACAUCUUUUAUUUUAUUUUUUUUAAUUAAUAUCAGAUUUUUUAAUUAUUUUGUAUGCCUUUACUUUAAAACAAAAUUGUUAAGUGAUGUAUUUAUUUUUAAUUACUUUAAGAGCUGAAAAAAUGUGUCUUAAAA